ACAUCUCAUUUCCGUGACUGUUUAAUAACGUUCAUUAGUUGAAAACAAAAUAACUGGUGGUAACCGGAAGUGCGAAGACAGAGUGAAAAGACAGGUUCAAAAUUGACACUCGCUAAUUUGGGUUCAGCUGAGUGGAACCAUUAGCGAAGAAACAAGAGCUGAGCUUAGGUCUGGUGAUGGAAGCGGUGGUGGUCGACGUUGGCUCAAAGCUCCUCAAAGCGGGUUUUGCAAUUCCUGACCAGACUCCCGCCAUGAUAAUUCCCACUCAGAUGAAACGAGUGCUUGAUGAUGCAUCAGUCACUGAUACUUCACUAGUUGAAAAUGUCACUGUUGACCCUGUUGUACGAGGAUUUGUCAGAGAUUGGGAUGCCAUCGAGGAUUUGUUGCACCAUGUUUUAUAUACUGGUCUUGGAUGGGAAAUUGGCAAUGAAGGACAAAUACUAUUUACAGAUCCACUUUGUACCCCUAAGGCCAACAAAGAACAGUUGGUGCAACUGAUGUUUGAAGCAUUCAACAUAUCAGGGUUUUAUGCAUCAGAACAAGCAGUGUUAUCACUGUAUGCUGUGGGACGUAUCUCAGGGUGCACUGUUGAUAUUGGACAUGGAAAAAUAGAUAUUGCGCCAGUAAUUGAGGGUGCUGUUCACCACAUAGCCUCGAGAAGAUUCGAGUUUGGAGGUAUUGAUCUGACUGAUUUCCUGGCUCAAGAACUUGGCAAAUCCAAUCCACAAGUAAACGUCAGCGUGUCUGAUGUUGAGAAAAUAAAAGAGCAAUACUCGUGCUGUGCUGAAGAUGAAUUAGCUUAUCAGAAGACCCAAUAUUCUUGUCCUGUGGAGAAGCAUACCCUUCCUGAUGGACAGGUGUUAGCAAUUGGGAGAGAAAGAUAUACUGUUGGGGAAGCUUUAUUCCAGCCAAGCUUAUUGGGUUUAGAGUCUCAUGGCAUUGUUGAGCAGCUUGUCCGUGCUAUUUCAACUGUGUCAUCAGAUAAUCAGAGGCAGCUGCUGGAAAAUACUGUGGUUUGUGGUGGCACUUCUUCUAUGACUGGUUUUGAAGAGAGAUUUCAGAAGGAAUCUAGCUUGAGUUCAUCUGCUGUUCAACCUACCUUGGUUAAGCCUCCAGAAUACAUGCCAGAAAAUUUAGCCAUGUAUUCUGCAUGGGUGGGAGGUGCCAUACUCGCCAAAGUGGUUUUCCCUCAAAAUCAGCAUAUCACUAAGGCAGAAUACGAUGAAACUGGACCUUCUAUAGUUCACCGGAAAUGCUUCUGACAGUAUUCAUCUGCACGAUUUCAACAACUGUUUAUUACUCUGCAUCUAUACUGUUAACGUGCCAAAAUCAUUGUAGAUUCUAAAUGCUGGAUGUCCAUGUGUGUGUAUUAUGUUAAAGCUGCAAUGAUCUCCAUUCAUGCAAUCUUCUUACUCUGCAUGCCUACCAUGGAACUGGAAGACGAUUUCCGUAAAUACACGCGUGUAUAUGUUAGAGCACUAGGAGCUUGCAUAUCUUUGUAAUGUGAAUAUCCGUGUAAAAUAUUCAUUUUUGCCCUUUGUAACCUAGAAGCUACUCCUCUACUAGCACACCCCUUCUCCUUUUAUAUGAGUAGUUUGUAAUUUAUGCUUUAAUUCAUCGAUUAGUAAUUUAUAGUCUUAUAAAUAAUGUUUUGGGAAUAGUUUGAUAGGAAAAUUAUAUGCAAGACUUCUAAUCAACUAUCCAUUCGUAACUGCAGUACUAUACUGCUGUCAUAAUGGAGUUUCACGUGACUAUGGUUUCAUGCAGUUAGUGCUAUGAAAUAGACCCAGAUUUGAUCUGUGGCACGGAACCUUGAAAUUACUAUACCUUUGGGUUUAACUUAUUUUAGUGAAAUAAUCAUUUAAUUUUAU